UUCGCCCACCCCGCAAGCCCUGCUAACGCGAUCGGUGUUGGCAUGCCAGAGGCCGAGCAUGGGCUGUUCUCUCUGUGAGCAUGGUGUCUGUUCAUGACGCAGGUGAGUGGCCAUCUGAAGGUAGUGUCGAGUUGAGCAAGCAGAUCACUGGCCAGAUGCCCCGCGGGCACAUAAUUGAGCUCAGCGGAGAAUGUCUUGCGCCAGCCCGACGCCAGCGCACACCUGCUGAGAGCCGAGUUGAUCCAGGCUGGAUGGCUCGCCUGACUUCCACUGUCUUUGACAUACCCAAACCAACGGCAAAAGCCUUCUGUCUGCCAGCAGCCGGAUACGAUGACUGCGUUCGCCGACACUCAGCCCAGUCUCACUCCAAUCCGUGAGGCGCAGCGUGGUGGAUGCGUGGCACGCCCGGAGUCCCGAGGCUCCACAACUCUGCGUGAGCAUGCUUCCUUAGCGCAUCGGCACACGUUGUUCC